GGCAAGUCUCUAUUGCAUAUAAAAGCUUCAUCUCUUCCAGUCGGCGUGUCUCAUUUGGACGGCUGACGGCGACGGCGGGAUCUCUCACACACGCCACCGGGCGGCCACUUGUUCACCUUUUGAUUUAUUAUUGAAAGUGCCGUGCGAAAAAAGAAAAAAAAAAAGUUGGACCAACUUCUUCUUCUUCUGCUUCUUUGGCAUCGCCUCCAGGUGCUGGACCUCCUUAAAUAAAAACAAAACAAAAAAAAAAAAAAAGGGAAAAAUAUGCCCUUGAAAAAGUUGUGAGAAUCGGGCAGACACCCAACUGACGGCCGGGCAAGCACAGUCAUUUGUUUCCGUAUUAUCGGCCAGGAAAGAAAGGAAGAAAGAAGGAACUUUUCGACUUUGUGGAUGGUCCGUUCAGCAAUUGAAAAGAAAACAAAAUAGUGUCGACGUCAGUGUCCAUUGAUUGUCCAGCCAUCAGCAGUUAUUCGCUCCAACUCAACCGGCCGUCAUUUUAAUUCCAGCUGGACAACAACAUGUGAAUUUCUCCAAUCUCCAAAAAUCUGCACAUGGCUUCGUCAUUAUGGUCGAUGGUCGUGAUGAACCGCAGUCUGACCGCCCGCCACCUUCAAGACAAUAACGUCAACCAUCACAACCGGAGCGAUCCUGAGACUCCCGUUUCGGCUGUCGACUGGGACGAGUGGGACGACUCGCUGUGGACGGCCGAGCAGCGCCAAUGGCUGGAGCAGGGCUCGGUCCCGCGGGAGGUCUACGUGACCAUGAGCAUCGUCUUAACUCUGGUCGUCGUCUUCGGAUUGAUCGCCAACGCCAUGAUCCUCUACGUUUUCUCCAGAUUCAAGAGGCUGAGGACGCCGGCCAAUGUGUUCAUCAUCAACUUGACGGCCUGUGACUUCAUCUCGUGUCUCAUCCACCCGAUGGCCAUUUAUUCCGCCUACAGGGGCCGCUGGUCCUUUGGCAAAACCGGAUGCAAUUUGUACGCGACUUGCAUCGGAUUCCUGGGCCUGAACAGCAUCGUGACUUUGUCGGCCAUCGCCUGUGAGCGCUACAUCGUCAUCACGUCCAGCAGCUGCCGGCCGGCCGUCGCCAAGUGGCGGAUCACCCGCUGCCAAGCACAAAAGGCUUGCGUGGCCAUUUGGCUCCACUGCGCCGCUCUGGUGGCUCCGCCCUGGAUGCUGGGAUGGUCAUCCUACGAGCCGGAAGGAGUUCUAGUCACCUGCUCCUGGGAUUACACGACCAGGACCCUGUCCAAUCGGCUCUACUAUUUGUACCUCCUCUUCUUCGGAUUCGUCCUGCCCGUCUCCGUCUUGACCUAUUGCUACGCGGCCAUUUUCCGGUUCAUCGUCCGCUCUUCCAGGGAGAUGACCCGGCUGGUCAUGGCAAGUCACGUCAAAUCGCCGUUCAGCACGACGACGACAUCGUUCCGCAAACGGCGGAGGCAGACGGACGUCCGGACGGCGAUGAUCCUUUUGUCACUGGCCAUCCUCUGCUUCACGGCCUGGACACCUUACGCCAUCGUCAGUCUCAUUGGCCAGUUCGGUCCGGUCGACGAAGAAGAAGGCCGUUUCGAGCUCUCGCCCUUGGCCACUUCGAUCCCGGCCUUCCUGGCCAAAACGGCCAUCGUCUUCGAUCCGCUGCUCUACGGUUUCUCGCAUCCGCAAUUCCGCUCGUCCAUCCGGCAGAUCCUGCAGCAGAACAGCUUCAUGGAGAGCAGCAACAACGGGCCGGCCCACCGAGGAGCGGGGACCAACAACAAGGCGGUCGGCGGAACGACGAUGAUGAUGGUGACGGGCGGACUGCGGCACACGGCGGUCCGGCAUCCGCAGUACCGGAGCCAGUCGCUGCACACGAGCUCGGCUGCCGUCUCGUGGGCCAGAAACAAAUUAGUGAAUGACCAAUCCAUCAGCGAUCAUCAUCCCAUUUCUUCCUCGAAUCAUUCCGGAACCAGUUUUUCGCUGCCGGAAACAACGGCAGCCAACCGUGGCAUUUGGACCCGCCCUAAACGAGCCAUGAGUUUGGCGACGAUCAUGUGGGGCAACAAGAACGUCCAGCAGCAGAACAAGAAAAAGUCCGGCAGUUCAGAGGCCAUCAACAACAUCAACCGAGGGGCCAGCAGCUGUCAAGAAGAAGUUUACAGGUGCUUCUGGUCGACGGCCCGGCUGUCGUCCGUGAUCCGCUCCAAGGGUGACUCGUUUUAUCUGGUCGGCGGGACGGAUCAACCUCCGCCCAGCUGGAUGGACAGCACGGGACUCCACUCGCCGGCCGUCCAAUUGGCCGGCUGGGCCAUCCAGGAGGAGGAGGACAAGAAGAAGAAGACGGCCGGUGACUACAAGAGGAGGUCGUCGGAGCCGGAUUUGAUCCGCCGUCGGAUUAGUCCUUUCGCUCUGCACAACUUGCGAUCCGUCGGGGAUUUAACGGUCCGCCAACAGCAUCGUCCUCAGGAGCCGAUUUUCGUUGUCGUUUCCCAUCCGGCCGGAACGACUUCGUCGGUUAUCGACGGCCAUUGUCGCAACGGGCCGAUCGAUAGUGGAACAACAACAACCACAACAGCGUCUCGUGUGUCGACGGCCCGGUCGGCCGCCAAUCUUGGCCACAUUUUGUGGCCGAGCAAACGAUCCAGCAAAGGUAGUGGCAAUCAAUUAUUCGAGUCACGCCGACAACAUUCGCUCGUUUUCGACAGCCGGAUCAAUAAUGGCGGCCAUCAACCGGUCGGGCAUCACAACUCUUCGUCUUGCCCGCUCAUUUCACCGUGAAAAAAAAACAAGCAACAAAACCAACAAAAGUUAACGUGAUUGUGUUAAUUCCCCCCUUAAAUAUAUUUAGACAAAGUUGUGAUAUCGCUCCAACCACCCGCAAAAUAAAUUUUAUAUUUUUCAUAGUGUUAUUCGUUUAUGCGUGGACAGCACAGGGUUUUUUUUCUUUCUAUAUCUUUGGACAAUGACCUGAUUUACAUUUAAUCAUAUCGUCUCCGUAAAUAAUUGAGCACACACACAAAGAGAAUCGCGGAUCCAAUCAAACCGAUAUGAUGUAUUCAAUGAUUCCUGAUUAUGUAAAUAUCUGUUCAAUUUCGCUAGACCAAAUAAUUAUCGAUCGAAUGAGAGAAAUACACGGCCCAAUUCAGUCAA